AUGAUCUGCACCUUUCUCCCCGCUGCGGUGGCUGUGUGUCCCCAGGUCCCUGCAGCUGACCGGGACCGUACUAGAGCCGGCUCCCCCAUCUCAUCAGGCCGAGGACAAGCUCAAACCCCCGGCCAACAGCUCCAGAGACACCGCUGUGUACCUCUGCUAGCCUGGAAAAGCCUGUGUGUUAGCCCGGGCAGCCUCCACGGUAUACCCGCUCAUCCAGCUGUCAGUGUGGCCGAGCACGGGGCUCUCACUCCCGGGCAGAAGAUGAGCGGACCGCCGGGCCAGGACAGCGAGCCAGAGGCGAAGGGACAGCACAUCAAGCGGCUGUACAGGGCUGUGGUGGAGUCUGUGCAUAAACUGGAUGUGAUAAUCAGCAGCAAAGCCUCCUACAGAGAGGUGUUCAAGCCCGAGAUCAUCAGCCUCCGGAACAAGCUGAGGGAGCUGUGCGUCAAACUCAUGUUCCUUCAUCCUGUGGACUACGGCCGAAAGGCCGAGGAGAUGCUCUGGAGGAAGGUCUAUUACGAAGUCAUCCAAGUCAUCAAGACCAACAAGAAGCACAUCCACAGCCACAGCGUCCUGGAGUGUGCCUACCGCACUCACCUCAUCGCUGGGGUGGGCUUCUACCAGCACCUGCUGCUCUACAUCCAGUCUCACUACCAGCUGGAGCUGCGCCACUGCAUGGACUGGACCAACGUGUCGGACCCCCUCAUAGUUCGUAAGAAGCCUCUGUUUGCGUCUCCAAAAGAGAUGGAGUGGGCUCAGUCUGCCUGCCAUCGCUGCCUGGUCUGUCUGGGGGAUCUGGCGCGCUAUCAGAACGAGUUGGCAGGAGUGGACACUGAGCAGCUGGCCGUGAGGUUCUACCACCAGGCUCUGACCGUCAUGCCUCUAGUGGGCAUGCCCUUUAACCAGCUGGGUACUCUGGCUGGCAGCAAGUUCUACAAUGUGGAGGCCACGUACUACUACCUGCGCUGUAUCCAAUCAGAGACCCCCUUCGAGGGCGCCUAUGGAAACCUCAAACGCCUUUUCGACAAAGCUGCCAAGAUGUACCAGCAGGUGAAGAAGCAGGAGAUGAAGAAGCUCUCUCCGUCACGACAGAGGUCCAAAGACAUGAAGCGUUUACUGGUGAGCUUCAUGUACCUGCAGAGUCUGCUCCAGCCCAGAACCAGCUUGGUGGACGUGGAUCUGACCUCUCUGUGCCAGUCGGUGCUCGAAGACUUUAACCUGGUGCUGUUCUACCUGCCCAUACCCUCCCCCAGCACAGCCCCCCACUCCCCCUCUGAGGAGGAGGAGGAGCCACACGACAGCCCCGCCCCCGCGCUGCCUGACGCUCUGCUCUUUAAGAUGGUGGUCAUCUGCCUGAUGGGGGUGCACAGCCUGAAGAGAGGAGGCACUAAGCAGUACAGUGUGUCCAUCGCCUUCACUCUGGCCCUGUUCUCACACCUGGUGAACCACAUCAACAUCCGUCUGCAGGCCGAGCUGGAGGAGACCGAGACCCGGGUGCCUCCUCUCCACACUGAGGGGUCAGAAGAGGCAGACUCUGUGCCUCUGGUCUCUGAGCUCCCAGAGAAGGCCCUUCAUAACGGGGCCUUGGAGCCGGAGUCUGCGCAGAGUGACCCCCAGGGGCCCCCCACAGAGCAGCAAAAGCAAAAGAAGUACAGCCGUAUGUCCAGAUUGAGGCGCCGCCGCUGCACACGCACUCACACACGCACCCAGGAGGACAGCGACCUGAGCGAGGGCUUCGAGAGCGACGAAGAGGAGGAGGAGGAAGAGGCUGUCACAGGCGCUCCCAGCCCGAAGCCCAGCAGCAGCCAGCAGCCUGUGGCCCCUGUGCUCAGACAGGAGCCCAGGAGAGGCCCCAGCUGGGACAGUGGCUCAGAGGAGGAGGACGCAGGCACCGCCUUCGAUCUGGAGACUGACUCAGACAUGAACAGCCAGGAGUCUCGCUCCGACCUGGAGGACAUGGAGGAGGCGGUGGAGCAUCAGGCCCAGGCUCCAGCAGUGUGCCCUGAAGAGCCCCUUAACAUCCAAGAGCCUGCACCCCCCUCCAACGGGCCCCUACCACAGCCGGACCCCAGCAUCAGCUCCAACCUGCAGGCCAUGUCCUCCCAGCUGUUCCAGGCCAAACGCUGCUUCCGCCUGGCCCCCACUUUCAGCAACAAGCUGGUGAAGCCCCAGAGCACCCCGAGCCCCCCGAGCCCACCACCAGCUCCCCCCGCCACAUCCACCACCUCCCCCCCUGCACAGGACAUGGCCCCUCCCCCGGGGGAGGCGAGCGUACGCACAGCCAACGGAACCAGUGACACAGACUUUGAAUCAGACUCGGAGAGCAGCCAGCAGAACAGCCCCUCCCCCACCCCCGCUGAGAAGAGUCUUCUGGAGAAGAUGCAGAUCCUGAGCCGCCAGGGCCUGAUCCCGGCCGUCAAGGUGUUCAUGGACUGGCUCCGGACCAACACGGACAUCAUCGUCAUGUGUGCCCAGAGCUCCCAGAGUCUGUGGAACCGUCUGUCUGUGCUGCUGAACCUGCUCCCAGACGCCUCCAAACUCACGGACUCUGAGCUGGGCCUCAGUGCGGAUCUGCUGCAGUGGCUCAGUGUGUGUGAACAGCCUGAGCUGGUGCAGACGCUGCUGCUGCCAGAGGACCGGGCCCUGCGCCUGCUCCCUGCUCUGGCCUCCGCUCACAGGAAGAUGGACUGGAGCCAGCGCGGGGCCCAGCGUGGAGCCCCCCUUGGACCCCUGCAGGAGUGUGCGGUGCGUGUGUGCUGCAUCCGGAGCUUCGGACACUUCCUGACCAGACUCCAGGCCGACAUCCUGCACUUCAACCCUGAGGCCGGGAUCUUCACCAGCAUCAGUCAAUCUGAGCAGGACGGCCCUCUGCAGCAGGCACAGGCACACUUCAGAAUGGCUGAAGAGGAGGCUCGCAGGAACCGCCUGAUGAGGGACAUGGCUCAGCUCCGGCUGCAGCUGGAAGUGUCUCAGCUGGAGGGCAGUCUGCAGCAGCCCAAAGCCCAGUCGUCCAUGUCUCCGUACCUGGUCCCAGACGCCGCUGCCCUCUGUCACCACCUGCCCCUCCUCCGACAGCUGGCCCACAGCGGCUGCUUCAUCAUCAUCAUCCCCAGGACAGUGAUUGACAGCCUGGACAGACUGAAGAAGGACACGCCCUGGGCCAGAGACGCCAUCCGCUUUCUGGAGACUGAGUUCCGGAAAGGCAACAGGUACAUCCGCUAUCAGAAAGAGGUGGGCCGAAGCUUUGAGCGGGACAAAGUCAAACAUUUGGACAUAGAAGCAUGGCACCUGUACAAGAUGGUGGACAGCUGCAGACAGCUCGCCGUGUCCCAGAGCGCUGGGGAGGAGGACUCUGUCGGCAUGGUAACCAUCCUCACAGGACGAGAGGUGGAGGAGAUGUGUGCCCAGUCUGCUGUCGUAAAGUCUGCGAUCCAGUACGCGGCGUCCGCUGGCAUGGAGGCGAAGCACAUCCGCUCCUUCUACCAGCAGUGGAAGGAGAUGGUCACUCUCCGGACUCGCACUUCUGAUACUUUAAACUUUAAACGUGUUUUUGGGAUUCAGGCGAACAUGAGGCAUGACAAAUCUGGAGUCCGGAAAGGGACCAACCCUCAGGAGAGGUCCAUCAGUCGCCGCAAAGGGACCACCCCCCUGAAGAGGCCUGCUCUGCCAGCUCCAUCCACCCCCCAGCGACGCAGGGCCUCAGGUCAACCAGCAGCGACCCCUGCUGGCAGCCCUCGCAAGAAGAGGAGGUUUCGUCCUGGAACCAAAGCUCUGAAAGAAAUCCGAAAGUAUCAGAAGUCGACGGAGCUGCUGCUGAGGAAGGCGUCGUUCGCUCGACUGGUGCGGGAGAUCUGCCAGGCCUACACUCAUCAGUCCUUCAGGUGGCAGAUCCAUGCACUGUUGGCCCUGCAGGAGGGGGCAGAAGCGUUCCUCGUCAUGAUGCUCUCGCUCGCCGACUCCGAGGAGUGGACCGUCUCUGAGGCCCCGCCCACAGGUCCAUGUUCAGACGGAGGAGGCGGCGUCUGA